UACAAGACACAGAAGUGCAAAGGGAGGGGUAUCGAGGUUUUCAAAUAUGAAUGACGAGGCACCCUUCUGUGAAAGUAUGGUUUUUUAUAUAAAAGAAAUAAAAAAUAUAAUAUAGAGAGAGAGAUUGAGGAAUAGAGAUAUAUAUCGCAUAGAAUUGAAGUGUUCAUCGGAACUGAAAAAGUUAGGUUUGAAGAAUGGGGCGGAGAAAGUUGGAGAUGAAGCGAAUCGAAGACAAGCAUAGCAGACAAGUGACGUUUUCAAAGCGGAGAUUAGGGUUGAACAAUAAAGCGCGGCAGCUUUCCGUUCUCUGCGAUGUCGACGUCGCCGUCGUCGUCUUCUCCUCCUGUGGCAACCUCUAUGAAUAUUGCAGCGGUAGUACGGAAAGUGUCGACGCUAUGGUUUCCAGGUAUCAUAAAAGCCGCCCUCAGGCAGAAGAGAGACCCACCCAAGAUACGGGAAUUAGCACCAGAUUCAAAACAUGCAAUGAGCUUCUACAGUCAGUAAAAAGAGUUGAUGAAGAAGGGAAAGAUGUCUCUAUGAGUGACAUGACAGAGUUAGAGAAGGAACUUAAUGCUGCUCUUAUGCAUACACGUUCUAGAAAGACACAGUUAAUGAUGGAGCGCGUAUCAAGCCUUCGUGAACAGGAAAAGAAAUUAAGCGACGAGAAUAAAGAACUGAAUCGGCAGUUACAAGUGGCAUCAGCAGUAAACCAGUAUUGUUCACGUCCACCCCAAAAACUUCGAGCACUCCCUCUCUUCAAAGAUUAGCUACUUCCUACACUACAAAUCUGUCUGUUUGUUGUACUCUACGAAUUAAUCAAUAAGCAUCUUCGAACGGAGUUAAUGGGAAAUAUAUAUAUGUAUAAUAUAUGUAUAUAAACUUGCACAUAUAUAUAUAGUAACUAAAUAAAUUAAUAUUGAUUCACCAAUAAAGCUUGUAUAUGUUUGCCGA